AUGUCACUAAUCGCCACCAUCCCCGUCGCGCGCUCUUCGGCAGGCCCAUUCGCCCCGCGCAUUUCCCCUCCCUUCCGCGUUCGCCUCCGCAAUCCCCCGCUCAAUCCCACUUUCCGCCUUUCCCUCUCCGCCCGUAUAACUUUCCGAGCGUGGCAGCCCUUUCCCCGUAUCCCUCCCGCCUCCGCCGCCUGUCGCGUGGGCGCAAUCCGCAAUUCCCCACCCGCCCCUUUUGGCGCAUUCCGCUCGUGGCGGAUCCGCCUCUCCGCAACCGCGGAAGCAGGAGGCGCAGCGGAAGCGGAAAGCGCGCCUGGAGCACUCGCGUUACCAGCGGAGGAAAUUCAGGAGAGGCGUAGGGAAGCUGCGGGAGAGGAGGGAGAGGGUACAGGGUUCCGGGGAGAGGGGACUGGAAAGGACGAAGAAGAAAGAGGAAACGGGAAAGAGAGUGCGGAGAGGGUAAGUGGAGAAGAGGAAGGUGGAGAGGAGGAGUGCGGAGAGGAGGAGUGCGGAGAGGAGGGCGGAGAGGAGGAGGGCGGAGAGGAGGGUGGAGAAGGGGAGGACGGAGAGGAUUGGGUGCGAAUGGCGGCGACAGAGGAGUCAGUGGGCAUAUGCUGCUACGCCAACGACCUGCCCGGCAUUCACGGCGUGCUCAAGCAAAGAUUCGCGGACUUCAUAGUGAACGAGGUCGCACCGGACGGCACAGUGGUGCAUCUGACGCACCUGCACGUGCCCCCCGCACUUCUAGUGCAGGAGCAGCAGGCGCAGCAGCAGGCGCGCAGGCGCGAGGCGGAGAGCCUGGGGGAGCUGGUGGACGCGCAGGGGGUGCUGGCGCAGCUGCGCCAGGCGCUGGGGGGGAGCGGGGAAGGGGAAGGGGGAGGGGGAGGGGGGUUGCGCGAUGAGGACGAUGCGAGGAAGCUGCUUCAGCUGCUGGAAGGGAUUAAAGGCAUUCAGCUUUGGUGGAAAGAGAAGAAGAGGGCAGGCGAGGAGGGAGAGAAGGAGGGGGGAGAGGAGGGUGCUGGGGGAGAAAGGGCGGAGGGAAGCGUGCAAGGGGGGGAGGUGGGGAAGAUGGGGGAGGUGGGGGAGGCGGGGGGAGGGGCUCCUCCGCCUAUGCCUGAGCCGGUGGUGUUCGCUGCCAGUGCUGACAAGGCGUUCCACGUGUUGAAGGAGAACAAGGACACCAACGAGGCCAUGGCGCUCGUGGGGCGCUACCUGGGCGUACAGCCGCGGGCGCUGGGCUUCUCAGGCACCAAGGACAAGCGCGCAGUUACCGUGCAGCGGGUGACAGUGAGCAACCAGUCAGCACGCAAGGUUGCAUCACUCAACGCCAAGCUGUUUGGCAUCCGAGUGGGCGACUACCGCCUCGUGGACCAGCCUCUUGUGUUGGGACAGCUAGCAGGCAACCGCUUCAUUGUCACUCUCAGGGCCGUGAGAGCGCCCAGUGUAGACGCCAUCACAGCAGCGGCGGAGGGCCUUGGCUCUCACGGCAUCAUCAACUACUUUGGCCUGCAGCGCUUCGGAGUGGGUCCCGUGGCAACGCACACGGUGGGAGCAGCGCUGCUGAGGGGCGACUGGCAGGGCGCUGUGGACCUGCUGCUCAAGCCGCGAGAUGGAGAUAUCCUCUCAGCGCCCGGUUCAGCUCUCUCAUACACCUUUCAGCAUGCCUCUCAUACACCUUUCAGCAUGCCUCUCAGCUCCUCUGAAUCUCUUCCUCCUACCAUCUCCCCACUCGCAACCUCCCCUUCAUCAUCCUCGCUUCCCUUCUCUGCGUGGCAGCUGUCGGGGCUGAAGCGCAACCCGCGCAAUCUGGUGCAAGCACUGGGCUUCAUCCCACGCACGAUGCGCCUCAUGUUCGAGACAACUACCAUCCCGUUCUUGCUCUUUCCCCCUUCCCUCUUCCUCAUGACCAUUGCCCAGCUAUCAGAGGUACCUGUGGAACCUCUUUUACUCCCCCUCGAUUUUCUCUCUUCACGAGUAAUCCUGCUUCCUCCACCCCACCCCCACUUCACCAUGAACCCUUCUCCUCUUCCCCUCCCUUCCCUCUUUAACAUGACCAGGUACGUGCACAGCUAUCAGAGCUAUCUGUGGAACCAUGCUGCCUCACACCGCAUCAAGACAUAUGGCUCCACACGAGUGGUAGCAGGUGACCUUGUGCUCUGCUCCCCUCCUUCUGCCGCUGCUGCUGCUGCUGCCGCCGCUACUGCAGCUGCAGCAGCAGCAGGGAGUGCAGCGGGCGUGGGGACAGAGGUUGCGGGCAUGAGGGGCACAGAAGCAGAGGCGGAGGCAGAGGAGGCGGCAGCAGUGGCGGUGGAGGCGAGGGCGGAGGGGGAGGAGGUGAGGGUGGUGAGCGAGGAGGAGGCAGAGCGAGGAGUCUAUACCAUCAACCAAGUCGUGCUGCCCCUGCCGGGCUGUGCCAUUGAAUACCCCACCAACUCCACUGCACAAGUCUUCCACUCUCUCGCUGCCAAGGACGGCAUAGACCUCUUCACCAGCAAGCACAGCGUCAAGGAAUAUUCCAUCGAGCGCAUCCCAGGUGGCUACAGGCGCUUGUUACAGCGCCCCUCCGACUACAACUGGAGAGUCCUGGCGUACUGGCGCCCCACACAAGUGCUGGCAGAGACUGAUUUGGACCGCAUCGCUGCUGCUGCCCUCGCAACUCCUGCCCCCACUCCCACUACCUCUGCCACUGCUGCUGCCUCUGCCGCCCCACCUGCUGCCCCAUCUGUGGGUCCAGCAGCAGACUCGAACUCAACAGCAGCAGCAGCAGCGGCAGGAGCUGGUGCUGUUUCCACUGAUGCCCCUGCUGCUACUGCCAGUGGUGAUGCUGCUGCUAUGUCUGGCAGUGACGCCCCUGCAGUGGUGGAGGCAGCGCAUGUGUACUAUGGGUUCAAGCAACCAGGAUACAAGGGGGCACUCAAACAGGCACAGAGGGGGGAAGAGAAGGCAGGGGUUACUGCUGGCGGUGCUCCGCUCAGUGGGGUAGAGGCAGCAACAGGAGAAGCAGGGGCAGGAGGGGAAGCAGCAGGGCCAGUGCCGGCAGUGGUGGUGUUGGCUUCGUCAGAGGGAGUGAGGCUGGGCAGAGACGAGCUGGAGCGCCUGGGGAUUGGGGAGGGACCCAUUGGGGCCCUGGUGGAGGGGGGUGAUGGGGAGGAGGGUGGGCCUGAGAGGGGCGAAGCUGAGGCAGGUGCGGCGACAGAGGAUGGAGAAAAAGCGGAAGGGGUAGUUGAGAGUGAGAUGGAGAACGGGAAAGAUGAGGGUGGUGAUGAGAAGGAGAAGGUAUUGCAGGGCGAACAGGGCGCUGGAGCGGGUAACGGGGAGGGGAAGGGGCAAGCGGCGGGGAGGAGGGGAGAGCGAGGGGUGGAGGGAGCAGCAGAGGAGGGAGUGAGGGUGGCGCUGCAGGUGGAGUUUACUCUGCCUGCCUCGGGAUAUGCCACCAUGGCCAUCCGUGAACUGCUUAAAUCCUCCACUGCUGUGAGUGCCACCAACCAUGUGCCAUAA